GAUUGAAAAUGUUUGUUUUUACAAAAUUGUGGAUAGUUAUUCUAUGUUUUGUUCAAGUGACAAUCAGUGCAAGAAUCUUAAUUUUAUGUACAGCACCAUCCAUAAGCCAUCAUUUAUUUUAUCGCAAAAUAAUCAGGGAACUGUCGUUAAAUGGACAUGAAGUUGUUUCCAUUACGCCAGAUCCCAUGAAUGAUGCAACUUUAACGAAUUUAACAGAAAUUGAUAUUCACAAUGAAACUUAUGGUGCUUUCAGUGCAAGGCAGAUUUUGGAGGAGAGUAAAAGCGAACCAAAAAGUAUCGUGAAUAUGUUUAGAAAAUAUUUACCAAUAGCUGGCGUGGAAUUAUCUCACAGAGUAUUAAAUUCAUCAAAAGUAAAGGAAUUAAUUACAAAUCCUAAUGAACAUUUCGAUGUAUUUAUAAAUGAAUUGUUUAUGACGAAUGCUCAUUUUUUCGCUUUUAAAGAACACUUUAACUGCCCAGCAAUUGCAAUUUCAUCUGUUGAUGCAGUACCAAACGUAAGGGACGCAAUUGGUAAUCCGCCACAUCCAAAUUAUUACGGCAGUGUGUUGAUUAAAGGUGGUUCAAAACUGACUUUUUGGGAACGCUUAGAACUACUAUGGCUGAAUGUUGACUUCAGAAUGUAUUAUUUUUGGGAUUACCUUCCAGAGGCAAAUAAAAUAAUAAAAAAACAUUUCAAAAUCAAAACCAACGAUGCUUGGGAACUAGAAAAGUCGGUUGAUUUAGUAUUAGCUAAUGCAAAUCCAAUAUUCAAUAUUCCUCAGCCUCUUGUUCCUAAUUAUAUACAGAUAGGUGGCUACUACGAACGUAAACACAUACCACUUCCACAGGAUUUAAAAGAAUUUUUGGACAAUUCUCCAAAUGGUGUAGUGUAUUUUAGUUUGGGAUCUAAUAUACAAAGUGGAAAUUUACCAAAUAAAAUUAAAAAAAGUAUCUUAGAAGCAUUUGACCAAAUACCAUAUAAUAUCAUAUGGAAAUUCGAUAAAGAAAACUUAGCUGAUAUAUCAUCAAAUGUGUUGCUGAAAAAAUGGUUACCACAGCCAGAUUUGUUAGAUCAUCCAAAUGUAAAAGCGUUUAUAACUCAUGGUGGUAUUCACUCAGUAGAAGAAGCCAUUGAUAGUGGUGUUCCAAUUAUUGGCGUUCCAUUUGGUGCAGAUCAAGAUUUCAACAUUUACAGAGUGGUAGAUCUGGAAAUUGGGAGAGAACUUCAAUUAGAAGACAUAACCACUGAAUCAUUAGUUAAAGCAAUUACGGAUGUUGUAAACAAUCCGAAGUAUAAAAAUAAUAUAAAGAAACUGUCAGAGCUGAAUAGAGAUCAAAUAAUUAAACCUUUGGAUCGUGCUAUUUGGUGGAUUGAAUACGUAAUCAGACAUAAAGGUGCUAAACAAUUACGCAGUCCAGCAGCUGAUUUACCGUGGUAUAAGUUUCUUUUAUUAGAUAUUAUUGGAUUCGUUGUAGGAACUCUUGUUUUAUCUACUAUCGCAUUUAUUUAUUUAAUAAAAAUAAUUUUAAGGUUGCUUAUUUUUAGAAACUUAAAAAAUAAAACGGAAUGACAUCAUUUUAAUGAUAUAGAAUAGGAUAGUAUAGAAUAGAUUAUAUAUUUAUUGUAUUUAAAGCCCAAUGGCCUUCUACAAUGGUCAGUAACAAGACAGAAAAAAAAUUAGUAAAAGAAACAUAAAUACAUAUUACUUUUUUUUUUUUUUUACU